GCGAGUGGUCGGUGAGGCGGAGAUGGGGAGCAGUCCCUCCGCGCCGACCCCCGGGGUGUUCCUCCUCUGCCUCCUGCAGGUCGCCAUCACCGAGGCUCAAAACUGUGGCGAAGGUUCGGGCCAGGACAGCUGCCACUCGCACUGGACCCGCCUGUGGUACGUGUGGUUGAUUUUGUUGACAGUCUUCCUGCUGCUGGUGUGUGGAGUGGCAGCCAGUUGUGUGAAGUGUUGCAGGAGGGCCAAGCCCCAAAUCCCCACAUUUGCCACCAGACCUUGCGAGGUUACUGUGAUUGCCAUCGAUAAUGACAGUACUAUAUCACCAAACAGCUCGCUGCAGUACGUCUCCGCCGGCAGGAACCGCAUCACAUUGCAGGAUCCCACCCAGUUCAUGUUGCCUCCUCCACCGUACAGCCUUUGUGCCAUUGACAACCCUCCAACCUACGAGAUGGCCCUGAAAAUGGCCAAACUGCCUGAGAUCUCUGAACCAGAGAGCGGGGCAGAGAAUUCAAGUGGGAAUGGGACUCCAAUUCCAGAAAGGAAUGACGGGUCCAGUUCUGCAGAGGGAAUGUCUGAACGGACCUCGUCAGCAUUGUCACAGCAAUGAGAACUCUUGAAUCCUCAUUUGUCUCUGUACCUCUGUUGGGGCCCAGAGCCAUCUGGAGUGCUGAUAGUGAAUAUCUUUUCAGGACAUGAACUGUAUUCAGCAAAUUGCUGCAAAUCUCCAUUACUGAGUAAUGACAUCUGACUGGUUGGGUUUAUCUGGGUCUAUCACCCAGGGCGCCAUCAAUGCAAGUAACACCUGAAAAUCAUGGAAUCGAGACAAUCAGCAAGAGAUAUUAUGCACAAGUGUUUGAAUUUUUGAUUCCAUAUUUGGGAUGAAUUCUGUUCCUGCCAGCACCUUUGCAGCUAAAAUUCUCAAAGCCUAAAAUGAGCUCUUCCAAGUUAAAGAAAGCUUGGCUUAAACCUACUCUUUUGUGACAAUAAAUAUCAAUUUUAUUUGGGAAUCUUCAAGAAUAUUAUACUUUUUUUAUUCAGACUGUUCUGUUCCAACACAGAGUUGGACAAAGUAAACGGCACAAUUGUCCCAUUCUCAAUGACUUGGUGUGAACGUCACCCGUGCUGGUGAUUACCCUGGUUCGUUCAGUCAUGACAAAGCUGGCCAAUCCUUGAAAUAAAUUUAAGCACUUUUUUUGGCUGACUACCCAAUUAUAAAGGGUCCACUGCUAUUUACAGAUCAAUGAAGUAAUUUGAAAUUAAUUUUGGACCAAAAGUUUGGGAUAUGUUGGCUUACAACAUCAAAGUAGGACAUUAUAACUCUCCUAGAAGUUGGUAACAAAGGUUUUGUUUACGUAAAGAGAAUGUUUAAAGUAAAGUGACUAAUUCUUUGUCUUAAUGAAUGUGUAUAGUUAUGCUAUUUAUAAAAUCUUUAUUGUUUUAUUAUAAAAUGUUCUUUGCAAACUUUUUAAAUUUUUUAACAUAUGAAUUGGCA